AUGGCUGAUCUUGCCUCUAGCCUUACCGGUAGUCUCUUGAAGAUAUUAGGCUCUCUAGCUUAUCAAGAGCUUUGCUUGGCAUGGGGCGUCCAGAGUGACUUGCAAAACCUUGAGAGCACGAUUUCUACCAUUAAGAUCAUGCUCUUGGAUGCUGAAGACAUGCAAGCAAACAACCCCAUGUUGAGCAUCUGGCUUGGACUGCUUAAAGAUACCUUAUAUGUCGUAGAGGAUGUGGUAGAUGAAAUUGAGUACAAAGCUUUAAGGAAACAAGCGAUUACAACAUAUGGAAGCGCUAUGGCAAAGGAAGGAGAAGUUAAAAGAUAUCCAAACCUCUUACCAAUUGCGGAUGAAAUAGUGAAAAACUAUAAAGGGAUUCCAUUGGCCGUGAAGAGUUUAGGUGGUUUACUUUAUUCAAAAGUCGAUGAAAGGGAGUGGGAAUUGGCGAGAGAUAACGAGAUUUGGGAAUUGGAAGAAAAGGAGGGAAGCAUCUUACCUGCAUUGCAAUUGAGCUAUAAUCAAAUGUCAAUUCAUUUGAAGCAAUGUUUUGCAUAUUGCGUUAAUUUUCAAAAGGAUUAUGAAUUCAAGAAUAUCCCUUUAAUUGAACAAUGGGUGGCACAUGGAUUAAUCCUCCAAAUGCCUACUAACAAAAAACAAGACUUGGAAGAUGUUGGAGACUUUUAUAUUAAGGAGUUAAUGUCGAGAUCUUUCUUUCAAGAUUAUGAAGAACCGGAUUUGGGCUUAUAUUCCUUCAAAAUGCAUGAUUUUGUCCAUAACCUUGUGCUCUCUAUUGCCCAUGAAGAGUGGUUGGAAAUAGACUCUGACAACAAAGAAAGUGCUCCAAUAGUUUGUCAUUUGUCAAUUUCAUCCAGUGACCAACAAGUUUCAAAGUUUUCGAACAAGUUAACUAAUGUGCAGACCAUCAUCUAUCGAACCAAACCACCUGUGUCCUCAGUUGAAGCAUGCAUCUCAAGAUUCAAGUCUUUGCGGGUGCUAACUAUACCUGAUUCAGAUUUUGAGAAUUUGUCGAGUUCCAUUGGUACUCAAAAGCAUAUGAGAUAUCUCGACCUAUCUGGUAAUCAGUCAGUCAAGAAGCUUCCUAAUUCCAUUUGCAAGCUGCACAAUUUGCAAACCUUGAUGCUUGAUGGAUGUGUUAGCCUUGAACGACUGCCCAAAGAUAUGAGGAACAUGAUCAACCUUAGGCUUCUUGCGAUAACAACAAAAGAUACACGUAUGCUCAAAAGUGGAGUAUGCUGCUUUAAUUCUCUUCGGACUUUAGUUAUGAUCCAUUGUCCAAGAAUCGAAUGCUUGUUUCCACCUAUGGAUAGGUGCCUCACCAAACUUCGCACAUUGAUUUUUGUGGAAUGUAAAAGUUUGACCCCUUUGCCACCUAUUAUCAAGCAACUAACUGUCUUAGAGUCAUUGUACAUUAGAUAUUGUGAAGAAAUGGAUUUGACGGGAGGAGGAGGUGAUGCACAUGGUUGCGAUGAGUUAUCAUCUCUACCGGAGGGGAUUCAUCAUUUGAAAACGUUAAGAACACUGAAGAUUGAAGGUUGUCCUAAACUUGUUACUCGUAUACAAGACUGGUUCAACAUAGUAGGGUUCGAACUUGGUUCUACAAUUGCUGAAGAUAUGAUGAGGUAA